AUGGGCUCUACUAAAUUGAAACUGACAUCUGGUUCUAUGUCAAAUGGCUAUGGUUUUAGAAGCCAAGAUGAUCAGCUGAAAAUCUAUCUUGGAAGUGCAGUAGUCAUGAAUGCUAUAAGAAAGCAGACUCUGUACUACCUGGAUGUAGAAGUAGUUGCUGGGAAUAGCUAUAGUAUUGAAAGGGGAGUCAGUGAUUUCGAGCUAUGGCAUUCAAGGUUAGGUCAGAAAAGCAUGAAAGUUCUAGUGAAGCAAGGGAUCUUUAAGUCCGAUGAUUCUGCAGAUUUGAAGAGUUGUGAGCAGUAUAUAAUGGGCAAGAGCAAGAAGCAGCCAUUUCCUAAGGGCAAGCACACUUCAAAAUCAGUAUUGGAGUAUGCUUACAGUGACAUCUGGGGUCCAGCCCAACCAGCCACACUUAAUGGAGGCAGAUACUUCAUAAGCAUCAUUGAUGACUAUUCUAGAAAGCUAUGA